AAUAAAAAAUAUACAUAGAAAUACAGACACAUUUUCAAAAGUACAGAUAAAAUAAAUAAAAGCACCAUAAGAGUUGAAAGCAGUAGAAAAAGAAGCAGUCUAUCAUUUAGUUUAAAAAAAAGAAAAAAAAGAAAAAGAGGGCCAAAUCUUAAUUAUAAUGGCUAAAACCAUGCUUCACGUUCAGGGCACUAUUACAGUGUGCUCACUUCACUUUCUCUAGAUAUGAUUGCACUUAUUUAUGUUUUUAGCAUCCUAUUCUCUUGACUUUUCUGGCUGCUGUGAUUUUCUAUUUACGUUGAUUAAAUGAUCCAUCUGUAGCUAUCAUUAAAUCCUGGUAGAGCACACUAGAAUUCACGGAGGGGAAGAAAAAAACCGGGGGGUUGUGGUGGGAGCUCCGCUGUCCGAGCUCGGAGAGGCUCCGCGAACGCGGCAGUGUUCCAGAGUACUAGUACGGAGCGGUGAGUGACAGUCCUGCUCCUCCACGGUAGCUGCUCCGCGCCGCUCCGCUCCUCUCCUCUCUACAGCUACAAGACCGGAGCCGGGCCGGGCAGGGCGGGGGCUCGGGAGGGGGGAACAGACAGUCAGAGAACCGGCUAACUGUUGUGCAGCAGGACGGCCAUGUGUGUGCUCCGCGGCGUGCAGUAAAUGGCUUCAAACCGCUCGGACAGCGCUCGGGAACACUGUCGGCAGUAGUAGUAGCCCGUAGUGGAGAGUAGGAGGAGCUCCGCGCCGAGCUGCGCCGCAUGUGCUCUCCCGUGCCCGUCCGUCGGAGAGACGAACUGCCAGCAAAGAAGAGGAGAAACUUCUCCGAGGUGCGGCCGGAGCUCCGGGUCUAACCUCCGCGGGAGCUUGCGAGCCCGUGUGCGCCUCCCCUCUCACGUUGGAUGCGAGCGAGGGAGGGAGGGAGGGAGGGCGGCGGAAGCCGGGGGAUGUUUGAAGCACCCUCUGUGAAACUUGCAGAAAACACGAGAAAGAGGACGCGCCAUGGAGAGCCAAGCCGGCGAGCACCAGAGCUGCGAGGACGUGCGCAAGAGCGGCUACCUCCGCAAGCAGAAGUCCAUGCACCGGCGGUACUUCGUGCUCCGCGCCGCCUCGGAGCGCGGCCCGGCCCGCCUGGAGUACUACGAGAGCGAGAAGAAAUUCCGCGGCAAGGCCCCCAUCCCGAAGAAAGCCCUGGCGCUGGAGACGUGCUUCAACAUCAACAAGCGGGCCGACUCCAAGAACAAGCACAUGAUCGUGCUGUACACCCGGGCCGAGAGCUUCGCCAUCGCCGCGGAGAACGAGGCGGACCAGGACGAGUGGUACCAGGCCAUGGUGGAGCUGCAGUGCAAAAGUAAGAACCUAACAGACAGCGGGGCUACGGGAGACUAUGGAGUGCCAAAUCCUGGACCUGCAUUCAAAGAGGUGUGGCAGGUGAAGGUGUGGCCCAAAGGCCUGGGUCAAGCCAAGAACUUGGUGGGCAUCUACCGCCUUUGCCUGACUGACAAGACAGUCAACUUCGUCAAGCUCAACUCUGAUGCUGCUGCUGUGGUGCUGCAGCUGAUGAAUGUCCGACGUUGUGGCCAUUCAGAGAACUUCUUCUUCGUCGAGGUGGGACGCUCUGCCGUGACAGGCCCGGGCGAGUUCUGGAUGCAGGUGGAUGAUUCGGUGGUGGCCCAGAACAUGCAUGAAACCUUGCUGGAGGCCAUGAAGGCACUGAGCGAGGAGUUCCGCCAGCGCAGCAAGUCUCAGUCAAACUCUGGCCCCGGAGGUGGUGCUACUGCUUCUAACCCCAUCAGUGUUCCCUCACGCCGCCAUCACCCAAACCCACCUCCCAGCCAGGUUGGCUUCACCCGCCGGCCCCGAACUGAGCCCCCUGGUGGUACUAACAGUGGAGCAGGGAUCAGCAGUGCCAGUGCCUCUCCCACGCCUCGCCAUAGCUUCCCAAGGUCUCGCACUGCCAGUGAUGGGGGGAAGGUUGAUGAAGGGAUGGCAGGGUCUACAUCGCUCCAAGGGGUGAGCUCCAGCCCCUCUACCAAUGGCUCCUGCUCAACAACCCCAAUCCUCAGGUCGAAAUCGGCUCGUUCAGCCCCCACCACAGCUGCUAAAACUCCUCUUGGGUUGAUGCGCUCAAUCUCCACCCCAGCGCCCUCGCCAGCUCCAAGCCUCUCCUCUAGCUCUGGGCAUGGCUCUGAGUUUGGAGGUGUAACAUCCUCGACUAGUGCUGGUCCUUCUGGUGCUUACAGUCGUGUCCCCUCCCAUCACGCUUCUGUCUCGGGCUCACCCAGUGACUAUGGCUCCUCAGAUGAGUAUGGAUCUAGUCCCGGUGAUCACACGCUCCUCCCCUCUCCAAGCCUCCCUGGAAGCUCUGUUGGUAGCACUGGCAGCCAGUCUCUUGGCGAGGAAGGAGCAAACUAUAUCCUAAUGGGCCAACGUAGUAGUGGUGGUGGCGGUGGUGGUGGUGGCAGCAGUAAUCAAGGGGGCUUGACAUCCAGCUCCCUGCCAGCACCGGGAACACCAGGCUGUAGCUCCCAACCCCAGACUAGGAGAGUGCUGCGGCGCUCCUCCAGCCGCGAAUGUGAAGCUGAACGCAGGUUGCUGAGCAAGCGGGCUUCAUUACCUCCCAUGGCUCUGGAGAGGCUGGCCCCACGACAGCGCAGAGCUGAGGAGCCAGCUGAUGAAGAUUCAGCCGAUUACGCAAUAAUGUCAAGGAGCACCAGCCGCGAGUCCUUUAGUUCCACCUCUUCUUCUACACAGAGGGAAUCUGUCAUGGGUCCUGGGUCAGCAGGGGUGGGAGGAGGGUACUUAGAUGUUGCGGGUGAGUUUAAGGGUGAAGGGGGUGGAGGAGCAAGUGGUAAUGUAGAUUUAGGUGUGGACAAUGGGUACAUGUCCAUGCUUCCUGGGGUCACUCAGCCUCCAGUAACCCGGUCCCAGUCAAUGGCUGUCUCUGUCCCAGACUCUGAUUCCAAAACUGCUGAUGAUUACAUGGCCAUGACCCCCAACAAUAGCGUAUCCCCUCCACAACAGAUUCGCCCUCCACCAGCUUCUGAUGGCUAUAUGAUAAUGUCCCCCAAUAGCAGCUGCUCACCUGACCAGCGUGGAGGUCUCUCUGGAGGGGCUUGGGUGGGCAGCGGCAGUGCAGACAGCAGGGCAGGAAGUGACUAUAUGAACAUGUCUCCAAUCAGUGCACGUUCUGUAAAUGGCAGCCCCCCACCCCCUGAGCACACCAGUCAUUUGGAGAACAUUUCUCAACAGCAAGCCCCGAAGAUGGUGUAUUCUUACUAUUCACUUCCCAGGUCUUACAAACACAACCCAUCUGCUGGACACUUUGAUGAUGGACCAGGACGAGGCAGAAGACCCAAUGGGAGUUGUAAUAGGGGCAUUGGUGGAGGUAGGACUAUGGGAGGGCGUCAAGAGCAACCGGCAACAGGCAAUUCAAUGAUUGGACGUCACCUGUCACUCUCCUCCUCCUCAUACUCAUCCAGCUCAGCUAGCAGUGAGAGCCUCGGAGAGAGUGAGGACCGAGCUACCCAGGCAGCAGGCACUGUGGCUGGGGGGGCUCAGUCCAAAGAUGGGAGUAAGCUCCAACAGAGACGGGGCUCUGGUGGGUUGUCCAAGCAGGGUAACCAUACUAGAAGUAGACCGGUGAGCCUGUUUGUUGAUGUAUCCAAGGCUAACACCCUUCCCAGGGUCCGUGAGAACCCUCUGCCGCCAGAACCUAAAAGCCCUGGGGAGUAUGUUAGCAUUGAAUUUAAAGGCGAAAAGAGCAGCCAGACUGGGGUUGCAGGAGGGCGUGGUAGAGGUCUCAGGCAUGGCUUAUCAUUGCCUCAUAGCUCAAGCAGCAAGCAUACUCAACACAGACCAACUUCUUGCUUAGGGAACUUUAUCCCCCUCUCCCGUAGCCCCUCUGCCCCUAUCACUCCCCCAGCUGCCUCUGAGUAUGUCAACAUGGACUUGGGCCCUUCUCCGUCCCCCUCACCCCUCUCCCUUACUCCUCUAGUUUUCCCCACUUUCCACACCCCUCCCACACCUCCAACUCUUGCUCAUGCCCCCAAAGCAUGCGAUGAGGGUACUACCUGCCCUCGUGAAGAGGCGGUCGAAGUGGCUGAGGUCCCACUUCGAAAAAGCAGAGAAAGUGUCCCAUCAGUGAGCGAGUCUGAGUCACCAACAUCCUGUGGAGACUACACGGAGAUGGCCUUCAGCUUGAAUAGCAACACCGUCCCUAGGUCAUCAUCCAGUGUCUCCACCAAAGCCCCUUCCCCCACCAGGACUGAUCCUUCUGCUCCAGUGCUGUCACGGGGUCUAGACUUCCCCCUAGCCAAACCAGGACCCAACCCAGACCAUGGGGCUAAAGUUAUCCGGGCAGACCCCCAAGGACGCAGGCGCCACUGCUCAGAAACCUUCCUUGCCUCACCUUCCCUCCCCACCUCGACCUCUACUUCCUCUUCUUCUACUGCCUCCCUCUUUCCAGAACACGCCCAAGCUGUAGCCCGCCGGCUAGGCUUUGACAGCAUGCUGUGGGGGAAUGGUUCUGUGACUGAUAACCCAGCUCAGUUCGCCCUCCCUGGACAGCAGUCCCUCCCAACAAACACUUCGUCCACGGAGCAAGGCCUUAACUACAUAGACUUAGACUUGGCCAACAAAGAAAGCCCCCAUUUGGGUCUGGAAGGACCCUCAAGUAGCCAGGCCACGUCUCGUCUCUUCUCUGUACUGGGUGGAGGUUCAGGGGUCGGGGGAGUGAGCGCGGCAGUUGGCAACAGCAGUAGCAGUUCCAGCCUCAACACUUACGCCAGCAUCGACUUCUACAAAUCAGAGGAGCUCCGGACACAUCAGAAUGGAAACAAGGAGGGAACAGAGUGCUGAUGUCAGUGCGUCGUCCUCGGGGAAACAAUCUGGUACCACUCAAGAGCGCUUCGAAGCUCCGCCCGUUCCUCACGCGACGACCAAUCGCAUCGUGAGAGCAGCUGAAUGGGACACGCCCUCUGAAGCACUUUGUGGGAGACUGAUGGAAAACGUUUUUGUUUUUUUUCUUUCCUUCGCUUUCAUCUUGUUGGUUGCGGAAAACCAACGGGGAUGUGUGCCAAAUGACACUCUCGAAAAAAAAAAAAAAAAAGCCAUUUGCUGCUCUCAUUCCUCGAGUGAAAGCCAAUCAGAGAAGGGUACAAAAAAAAAGGAGAUCUGUGUUUCUUUUGUUUUGUUAUGUUUUUUCCAAGAGGAAGACUCUAAUCGUUAAGGGUAAAAAUGGUGGUUAUUUUAGUGUUAAAAAAAAGAAAAAGAAUUAUAUAUCAGCUCAAAAAGUGCCUCACUUUCAGAUUGUAGCCAUUUUACAAAGAACUUCGACUAACUGAAGCUUUGGAAUAUUUUUUUUUUGUGCUUGAUUUGAUGUAAUUACGAAAAAAAAAAAAAGCAGCUGAAGAUAUAAAUAAAGUGGGUAGCACUGGUGUGAGCUUUUGCUGCGUUCAUGUCAUAUGGGAUAUUCCGGCGUUCGCAACUUGCAAGCAACAGUUUCGUGAUGACAGGAGGGUCAGAGACACUGUGCUUGUUCUACAUAACACUGCAGCCAUGAAAUUUGGGUUAAUUUAUGAAUGGCAUGAAUUAUUUAUGAAUGAAUUGGCGGACAUAUGGGACCUAAUUGUAUUUUGGAUUACAGGCACUUCUGUGUCUUUAAGGGGCACUCCAGUUUUGGAGCAGAAAUUCAAACUCUAGAUUUUAAUAUUUACAAUAUUAAUGAGGUAAUAAUACAAACUCAGAAAGAUAGGUCCCCAGAUCACUGUUUGAAGCUAGAAAGGUGGCAGGGUCCGCCACAGUAUGAAAAGCACCACGUAGGAUAUGAAAAGUUCAUAAAAUACGAAUGGAUGAUGACGUAAACAGUAUUUACAAGGCGGAAACUGGAAAUCAUCAUAAAUCCAAUGUGACAUGAACGCAGCACUUCCGCUAACAUUGAUAAUGGUAAUGGUCCUAGCUAUGAGCUGGCCUUCCCGUCUACUGUGAGAAAUAUUAGCGUAGCUGCUGUUAGCAUUCUGCUCGUUGUAACUUACGCUGCUUUUAUCCCAUCAAUUCUCCCUUCUCCUUUUAUUUUUCUCUCUCUCUUUCUUCCUCCUUUCCGACAGAGCCAUACACCUGAAGUAUUAGUCUAACAUACAGGCUUGAAACAAAGUGCACGUGUAGCAGGGCGAUAGAGUAGCUAGCGAGUUAGCUAAAGCCAGCUCGGGCCAGAUUAAGAUAUUAGCACGGUGCCAGGACGUAAAUUCAGCAUCCUGCUGACUACAGCUCAGGGCCGAGACCCCUGAUACAGAGCCAAGCAAUCCCAUUAGUGCUAUUAGCUCCAGACACUUCUGUCCCACUUGAUCCACUUCGUCUCAGGAUGCUAAAAAAGACAUGCGGUACACACAGGAGAGGAUAGAGACCCUAUCAAUAGCCAUGCUAAUGCUAGCUUUGUAGCGGUCAGCUUUUUUUGCGCCACAAAAGUGGGGUCAGUUUCACCUCUGUCAGUAUGAAAUAAGUCUGUUCUCAGUUAUUUUAUUUUAUUUUUUCACUUUUUAAGGUACCAAACAUUUUAAUAAGAAUAAAUUGACACUUUUUAAACUGGUCGAGUUGAAAGUGCUUCGACUUUAAAUCCUUCUUUAAGACUCUGUUUCUCCUUCCCUCCCUCCCUGUCCGUCUUUCGCUUGGCUCUUACUUUAAUCUCCGCUAUGCAUCAGCACUUAAGUGCCUGUCUGUCCUUUUUUAUCUGUCUGUCUGUCCGUCUCUCUGACCCCGUCUAAGCAGCUAGCACUAAUAGGGCUGUCCUAGCAGAAUAUAUCGAGUCUAUUUUUGUGUCUAUUUUCUGUCUCGUAUGGCUGUACAGUUCUCAAGAAAUGACUUUUGUUCGCGUCCGUCCGGCGCGACAGCGAUUCUCUCAGAUGACUCGGUUUCCGAUCGGAGGAGUUCUUUUGGACAGUUUGCUCUUCGCCGGUAAUGGAGGACUGAAUUGUUUUCAGGGCAGUCUGUGCCAAAAUACAACAAGAACAUCAGAAAAAAAAAAAAAAAAAAAAGCUCCGACAGCACCUCAAGAAGCAACCUUCAGCUCUCGGGCCUGGACAUAUUGCUCUGUUUUUGUUUUUCAAAAUGUAACCUCUUGUGUUCCCCCGUUGUUUUCUUCUUCUUUAGUUUUUUUUUUUUGUUUGUUUUUUUUGUGCAGCGGGUGGGGAGAGAAAAACUGUGACAUAUCUCGCCUCGCAGUCUGCGUACACGGAGAUAAAGGUCAUCGUGAAGACUUGCUUUAACCUUGAAUCUGCCUCUGACUUUGACCGGAGGAUUUAAAAAAAAAAAAAAUGAAAUGCUCGAGGAGAAGGAAAAAAAAGGCCACCACGGGGGGGGGGACAACAUAAACGUCUGAAUACUUGUGUAUCUACGUUGCUCCAAAUUGUACUCAUGUGUUCGUCUGUCUGCCUGCUUCGGGGGGGAAGUUCAUGAACUCUCUCCCUCUGGUCACAUGACUGUCGGGCGCCCCAGAGCGUAACAAUGCAGCUUUAUUAUGAGCAGAUUGGGAUCUGUGGUUGGAAUUGGCCUCUAAUGGUGGUGGUUGGGGGGGGGGGCGGUUUACUAAUGCAUAAAUGGGAAUAAACAGUUGGAGCUAAAAAAAAAAAAAAACAGGUUCAGCACGUAAAUCCGUGCUUUCCCGCAGACCUGCAGACGAACACAAGACGAUUUAUAAUUUUUUUUUUUUUCUUUUUUCUCGUGUCUUUGGAGAUGUUCUCGUUUUGAAAUUCAGCAGAUUUCAGCAAAAAAAAAAAAAAAACACAAAACGCUUUUGAA